AUGAGCGCGCUGGUGCUCCGCCAGCCUCAGGCGUGGGACGGUUCCUCUGAUGCAGCCGAGUGGGCGUCUGGGAUCUGCAGCUGCUGCGACGACAUGACCGACUGCUGCUUUGUGUUCUGGUGCUGUCCCUGCUUCGCCUGUAAAACCACGAAGACGUUCGGAGAGUGUCUCUGUCUCCCCCUGCUGGACGUCUGCGGCUGCGUCCGUCCCAUCACCAUGUCCAUGAGGGUCUCCGUGCGGCAACAAUACGGCAUCAAAGGCACUCUGUGCAACGACUGUCUGUGCUCCACCUUCUGCUCGCCCUGCGUCUGGUCUCAGAUGUCCCGAGAGAUGAAGGACAGGAAGCUGCCCACCGUGUUGGGUGACCUCAUCCACCGCUGAUCACAUCCCCACCACCGUGACCUCACCUAUCACCUGCUUGACAUCACCUAUCACCACCGUGACAUCACCGCCGUGACAUCACCACCGCCGUGACAUCACUCUGAAACUGUGCUGUCAUUGGUUACUU